AUGACUUCAUCCGCCGAUACCCAGCCCCGCCUUGUCGUCACGACCCACGCCAAAGACGGCACCUCUGUUUUUGCCUCGGAUGGCCCUGCCGGCCUCUUCCGCCCCUUUGGUCCCGACUCCUCAUCGUUUGCCGUCUUCGAUAGCCGCCCCGCGGUGCCCAUCAACAACCAGGUCGCCGUUGCCGAGGACAAGAAGCAAGGGCUACCCCGCUGCCCACCCGGCGGCGUCUUGUUCAGCAUCACCAACAUCAAGCCCGGCGACCAGGCCCCCAUGCACCGCACCGAGAGCAUCGACUACGCGGUGGUUGUCUCUGGCGAGAUUGUCCUCGCCCUCGACAACGGCGAGGAGAAGACGCUGCGCGCCGGCGACUACCUGAUCCAGGGCGGCACAAACCACUCAUGGGCCAACCGCGGCACCGAGACCUGCCGCAUCCUCUUUGUCAUGGUCAGCGCCGACAAGGUCAAGCUGGACGACGGCACCGAGCUGUCUGCCACGGUAUUCGGCCCGAGGCCGCCACAGGACGCGUCGCAAUAG